UGUCCUUGUCACCUGCGAUAAACUAACAAAGCGGACACGCCAGCCGCGUUGCGGUCCCUCACUGAGCUGCGCGAGGCAAACAAGGGUCAGUCGCGCAGCGCUUGUCCGUGGAUUAUAGAAAUAUUUCUGUGUCCGCGUGCGUAGGAUGCGACGCAUGUGCCGAUGGGAUAUUCCCCCUGCAGGAUCGCUUGAAGAACGCACAUUUCCGUUCGCCGAAAGCCAGCUGGAAUCGAGGCCGUUGCCAUGGUUGCCGGGAACGCCGACCGCUGUCGCGACCCCGCUGCCGGGCCGGUCAACUACGAGGCCGACCCAGUGUACGUGGACGGAGUGGCCUUCCUGCCACUAAGCGACGUCCGACUCGCGCGCGAGGCCCUGAGCUACGAGCCGCGUCCGGGUGACGUCAUACUGGCCACUUUCCCCAAGAGCGGCACCACGUGGUGUCAGUACAUCAUCUGGGGCAUCCACAACCUGGGAGCCGUCGAGCAAGGGCUCAUGCCGCCGGUGCAGGACGUGCUGACGAAGCACUUUCCCUACAUCGACCUGUUGGGCACAUCAUCGACAGUGGCCGAGCGGCCUCCUCCGCGCUUCAUCAAGAGCCACCUGCCGGCCGAACUGUUGCACCGGCCGAGCGGCGUCAAGUACGUGGUGUGCCUGCGCAACCCGUUCGACGUGGCCGUCUCGUACUUCCACAUGCGCUUCGGCCGACGCCACCUGACGCACCUGCCACCCGACUACGGCUUCGACCACUUUCUCGACGAACUGCUCAGCGGAGGGAUCGUGGGGGGCAACCCGUUCCAGCACGCCCGUGCCUGGUACGAACGAAGCAAGGACCACGAUAAUGUCCUUGUCGUCUACUACGAGAUCCUGAAGAAAGAACCCAGAAAGGCCGUUCUGCAACUCGCCAAGUUCCUGAACCCCGACGCCGCCGCGAGGCUUGAGACCGAACGGGGACUUCUGGAGCGACUCCUGGAGCAGACGUCGAUCCAGAGGCUGCGGGAACUGGCGGGCGCUGCGGAGAACUUCGCCGAGGGCGACUUCUCGCGUCAGCACCCGACGGCGGCACUGUUCCGCAAGGGCAUCGUCGGCGACUGGCGCUCUCUCUUCGACCGGGACCAGGAACGCCGGUUCAGGGAGGCCUACGACCGGGCGCUAGCGGGCACCGAGAUGCACCACUUGUGGGCCGAGCACGUCGCGACGACGACGUGAUCUCGCGCUUGAGACUUGAUAGGAGACCACUAAGGAUAAAG